UAACUCAUUAUUGAAAGAAAUGACAUAACAUCGAUCCAAAAGUUGCAUAAUUGCAAGACUUUGGAGUUGGUCCAACUAAGACUUUAUAAUUAGUGAUUAGCACGUUUAUUGUGUCACAUAUAAGUGCCAAAAAUUGGAAAAAAAAAAAAAAAUCUCCUUCCUCUCUCGUAAUUCUAUUCCUGAUUUUUUUCCCUUUCAAAUUUCAUAAAGUAUGGAGCUUCUUCCCUUCUGGAAAAACUUCAGUACAACUCAGAGAACUCCAAGAAUAUUAAUACUUAUUUCUUUAACAUUAAUCAUUCUUGGUCUUAUUCCUCUUUACCACCCUUUUUAUCGGUACCCUGCAAAUUUAGUAGUAGACCAUUCUUCUAAAAUUACAUCACCACUACCAUAUGGUAGUGCUACUAAGGACCAAAAGAUAAAGAUUACGGAACAGGAUGAAGGCACGUGUAAUGUAUUCAUUGGAAACUGGGUUCCUUACCCGGAUGCUCCGUAUUACACGAAUACGACAUGCUGGGCGAUCCAUGAGCACCAAAAUUGCAUGAAAUAUGGGAGACCAGAUACUGAAUUCUUGAAAUGGAAGUGGAAGCCUAAAGGGUGUGACCUGCCAAUUUUUAAUCCCUAUCAGUUUUUGGAUAUGAUGAGGAACAAGUCUAUGGCGUUUAUUGGAGACUCAGUUGGAAGAAAUCAAAUGCAGUCUUUAAUUUGCCUCUUGUCCCGGGU